AUGGCUCCAUGCGGUAAAUCCAUUCUCAUUCUUGCCCUUCUUGCAGUAGCCGAGCUUGCUGCUGGCCAUGGGGCUAUCGUCAAAGCCACGGGAGACGCCGGAGGCAGCGGCUCGGCUAUUGGAAUCAACCCCAACACUCCCCGCGACGGCACUACCCGCAACCCCUUCCAGCAGGACACCACCAGGUUCAAGGGAGACCUUGCCGACACGCUGGGCGAGACCCUAGGUGGCGGUGACAAUGAUCUCGAAGCUGGUACCCAGGCAGUCCUGGCACAAAACGGGGGAGAGCUACCGCAGGUUACCCCGGGCGGCGAGGUUCGCAUGACGCUUCACCAGGUGAACGCGGACGGCGGUGGACCCUACAAAUGCAGCAUCAAUGCGGACGGCACUGCUCAGGAUUUCGUUCCUAUCCAGGUGACGCAGAACACGCCUGGCCGUAACGGCAGGAAUCCCAGUGGCCAGACGACCGACUUCCCCCUUACGGCAGCGAUUCCGGCCGACCAGACGUGCACCGGGACCGUUGCCGGCCAAGACAACGUGUGUUUGGUGAAAUGCCAGAACCCGGCUCGCGCUGGCCCGUUUGGUGGUGUGGUGCCGGUCCAAAUGGCGGCGGCUGCUGCUGGCAAUGCCACUGCCGCUGCACGCCUCCGGUUUGUUCGCGCGAAGGAGUGA